UAGUUUUAUAUUGAUAUACAAGCUGUGAAGAUGGGAAGGCUUACAAAUGAACAAAAACAGUUUUAUGAGGACAAUGGGUAUAUAGUGUUGAAGAAGCUGAUUAAAGGAAAGGAAUUGGAGCGGUUAUCAGAGGAAUACGAUAAAUUGUUUAAGAGGAAAAAUGAUGGAAAAUUGGAAAGUUCCUGGGUUGGAAGUGAGGAGAACCACAGAGCCAGUGACAGCCCAUACACGGUAAAAGGUAUCCACAAUCUGCAAAUGCACCACGCUGUGUUCGGCAAGUAUCUAUACAACGACGAUCUGCUUGAUGCUAUAGAGGACAUAAUCGGGACCGAGAACAUCGCCCUGCACCACACCAAGGCGCACUAUAAGCCGCCGGAAAAGGGAGCCGCGUAUCCAAUGCAUCAGGAUUAUCCUUACUUCCCAUAUGCGAAGGACUCCAUGACAGCAGCUCUGUUAUUCCUUGAUGAUGCUGAUGUGGAAAACGGGACGCUCUUCGUGUAUCCUGGCUCUCACAAAUUGGGACCGCUAGAAGAUAUGGGGCCUAAGGAAGGCAGUAACUUUCAUUAUGUUGAUCAGAAAAAGUUCCCCAUCGAGAAGGCACUACCCGUGAUCGUAGAAGCAGGUGAUGUGGUCAUCUUCAGCUACCUGAUGGUCCACGGCAGCUCUCCCAACCUGUCUCGGCGUCCCCGCCGCAUGCUGCUCGCACAAGUGUACGAUGCCCACGACAAGCCGGUCGGGGGGGAACCGGGGCAGCCGGGCAAGGGCUGGUUACUCCGGGGGGUGAACCUGGAUAGAGAUGCCACUGUUACAAAUAGAGCGAAGGAUUGAUGUAUUAAAUAUAAGCUGUACAUAAUG